AUGUCGCGCAUUUUCGGCCGCUACGUGCGGCUUGGACAUGAUGGCAUCUACAUCUGUGAGAUUUGCGAUAGACAAUUCAACUCCGCACCAGCCAUCUAUGCCCACUGCCGCAACACGGGGAAUCACGAGUGGUGUGAGAGAUGCGAACGCGUCUUUGUGACUGAGGCUUCCGGGCUGGCCCACCUCCAAUUCUCAUCCGUCCAUAACUUCUGCACCAUUUGUGACCAAGACUUCACCAAUUACCCGAGCCUGAGGCAGCACCAGCUUCUUGCCCACUCCUGUGAAAAGCUCUUCACCCGCUUCUCAUACCUCCUGCUGCAUAUUGAACGGAGCGGCUUUUCAGUCAAUCGAAUCGAGGAUCUCAUAGACGGGAUCGGAAGGGACCGAUUUGGCCGUCAUGUCAAUGACUUGCCUGAGCAUUCGUUCCCCUGUGAGAAUUGUGAAAGCAAUUUCCGCCGGGUGUCUAGUCUCUUUCAACAUGUCGAAGAUGCCAAUGAUUGUUUCUAUCUGCUACGGCCCACCGGCGAGGACGAUGAUCUCACGUCUCUGACGCAGUACAUCCUUGAAGACCUUGAAUAUGAGAUCGAGUGGCGUUGA